CCUGAAACCUGCGGCGGCAGGCUGCAGGAAGUGAGCGAGAGAGUCGGAAAAGUUAUUUGUUGUCGCCGGAAGUAUGAGGGGUAAAGCGCAGCUGGUUGAUGGCCGCUGAGGCUGAGGCUGAGAGGGUGCGAGUGGACAGCGCGGAGGAGGGGGAGCUGCCCCUGGCGGCAGCCGCGGAGCUGGCCGCCCAGAAGCGGGAACAGAGGCUGCGCAAAUUGCGGGAGCUGCACCUGAAGCGGAAUGAAGCUCGAAAGUUAAAUCACCAGGAAGUUGUGGAGGAAGAUAAAAGACUUAAAUUACCUGCAAACUGGGAGGCUAAAAAAGCUCGUCUGGAAUGGGAGCUGCAGGAAGAAGAAAAGAAAAAGGACUGUGCAGCGAGAGGGGAGGACUAUGAGAAAGUGAAGCUGCUGGAGAUCAGUGCAGAAGACGCAGAGAGAUGGGAGAGGAAGAAGAGGAGGAAAAACCCCGACCUGGGAUUCUCUGAUUAUGCUGCUGCUCAGUUACGCCAGUAUCAUUGGCUGACCAAGCAGAUCAAACCUGACAUGGAAACUUACGAGAGACUGAGAGAAAAACGUGGAGAGGAGAUUUACCCAACAUCCAACAGUCUUCUUCAUGGAACACAUGUACCCUCCACAGAGGAAAUUGAUAGGAUGGUCAUAGCCUUGGAAAAGCAAAUUGAAAAACGAGACAAGUAUAGCCGGAGACGUCCUUAUGAUGAUGAUGCAGACAUCGACUACAUUAAUGAAAGGAAUGCCAAAUUCAACAAGACAGAAAGAUUCUAUGGGAAAUACACAGCUGAAAUUAAACAGAAUUUAGAAAGAGGAACAGCAGUCUAAUCUCCUUUGGGAACUGUUUUGACUGCCAAAUUGUAACAGUAAACCAGGACUAUUACCUUUCUUUUUAUAAUUUGUAAAGUGUUCUAUGACUGUGUAUUUUCAGGCUUAUAUAUUUAUUAUUCAUUCAUUUCAGAAAAAAAAAGUCAUGUAUUUAUGUGUGCAGAAUGUGUGCUUCAUGUGUGGACCCUGCUGGGCUUAAAACUCCUAGCUACAAAUGUGAGUCAUCAUCAUCCUUAUAUUUGUCAUAUGUUUGGACUUGACCUAGAAUUGAACUUGGGAGCUUCAGCAAUAGAAUGCUAAAUUGGGACUAAUUUUUCUUGUAAGCUAUGGUAGGUGGUGAAAGGAAGGGGACAGUGGCUACUGGAAAUUCACCCUGGCCAACCCUCUCUAGAAGUAGUCACAAUUAACAGGUGCUAGCCUAUCCCAUGCUCUACCCCAGGGCCCAGGUACAUUUAUGGGGCAAGCACAGAAGGUAUGAAACUGAUCCUCUAAUGACAUUUUGUAAAUACACCGCUUUCAAAAGCAAAUUUCCCAUGGAAGAAAGUAAAUUAAAACAUUUGGUCAAAGUAUUAUUAAAACUUACAUAAUACAUUUUUUUAAAAAAACCUAAUUGAAAUUUUAACCUUAUUUCAACUGUAACUGAAAAAUGAGGGCAUGUAGUUUGAGUAGUAAUUAUGGGAAAUAAGGGACAGAAAACCUGAAUAAAGGAGGUUAUUUGUGCACUUUAUAUGAAAAGAAUAGGACUGGUAUCAGUAAGUUGGGCACACCAGUAGCUCUGAUUUAGUGAAUGAUGGGCUGAUUAAGAUGGUAAUGUAAGUGCUACUAAUAAUGGUAUAUUCAAUGUACUGUGACUAGGGAAACUUUAAUGUUAUACAUUCAAAUAUAGAAUGAGGUAGAUCUAUAUAUACUAACAUGAAAAGAUGCUCAUAUCCAAAGAGAGUUUGUAUAAGGCAUAAAAAAAAAAAAACAAAAAACAAA